UUACGAGCGGAAGUCGAGUCUCGGGACGCUUUAGGGAAGGAGCCCGCGGAGUACGCAGACCCGGGGACCGUCCGUGGUCCCCGCAGGCUCCCUUAGGCCGCCAUGAACCGGCUCCAGGACGACUACGACCCCUACGCGGUGGAAGAGCCGAGCGACGAGGAGCCGGCUCUGAGCAGUUCUGAAGAUGAAGUGGAUGUGCUUUUACAUGGAACUCCUGACCAAAAACGAAAACUCAUCCGGGAAUGUCUUACUGGAGAAAGUGAGUCAUCUAGUGAAGACGAAUUUGAAAAGGAAAUGGAAGCCGAACUAAACUCUACCAUCAAAACAAUGGAGGAUAAAUUAUCCUCUAUGGGGACAGGGACUUCCUCAGGAGUUGGGAGUGGUGGAGGAGUUACCGCAAAGUACUAUGACGACAUUUAUUUUGAUUCGGAUUCUGAGGAUGAAGACAAAGCAGCACACGUGACCAAGAAAAAGAAGAAGAAACAGCGAAGGAUCCCAACAAAUGAUGAACUGCUGUAUGACCCUGAGAAAGACAACAGAGACCAAGCCUGGGUUGAUGCACAAAGAAGGGGUUAUCAUGCCUUUGGAUUGCGGAGACCACAUCAGAAACAGCAGCCGGUUCCAAACAGUGAUGCCGUUUUGAAUUGUCCUGCCUGCAUGACUACACUGUGCCUUGAUUGCCAGAGGCAUGAAUCCUACAAGACUCAGUACAGAGCAAUGUUUGUGAUGAAUUGUUCUGUCAACAGAGAGGAGGUUCUAAGAUACAAGAAUCCAGAAAACAGGAAGAAAAAGUGGGGUGCUAAGAAGAUGAGGUCUAACCCUGAAGGUCCCGUGGAGACAGACGUGGAGGAGAUCUAUCACCCUGUCAUGUGCACAGAGUGUUCCACUGAAGUGGCCGUCUAUGACAAAGAUGAAGUCUUUCAUUUCUUCAACGUUUUAGCAAGCCACUCUUGAACAGUGUGACAGGUAAUUGACUUCCCAGCACUGUAUAAAGCAAAUGUGGACUCCUAUUUUCCUCUUUCCUAGUCUAAACUUUCAGUGACAUUGAGUCAUUAAAACAGUAUUUACCUCUGUGAAAAGAAUGGUUAUCAACCUCUGUUUCUUCUCCCUUUUUUCUUUUUAAUUUUCCCAUGAAUAAUGACGGGACUGAUUAUUCAUUUCAUUUUUGGUGCAUCUUUGAAGACUUUGGGGUUCCUUAUUUAUUAAACUAGCUUCCUAGAAUUAAA